CUGAUAGGAGAGUUCAGAGAAGUAGAAACCCAGUAAACAAAACACAAACUAAGACAUGGCCAGCCAGAUGGUAGGAACAAAGAAAGCUUGUGUCGUGGGUGGCACGGGAUUUGUUGCAUCCUUGCUGAUCAAGUUGUUGCUUGAGAAGGGUUAUGCGGUUAACACUACAGUUAGGGAUCCUGACAACCAGAAGAAGAUCCCUCACCUUGUAACGUUGCAAAAGUUGGGAGACUUGAAAAUUUUUCAGGCAGAUUUAAUUGAUGAAAGGAGCUUUGAUUACCCCUUUGCCGGUUGUAAACUUGUCUUCCAAGUUGCAACACCAGUUAAUUUUGCUUCUCAAGAUCCAGAGAAUGACAUGAUAAAACCGGCAAUCCAAGGAGUGCUGAACGUUUUGAAAGCUUGUGCCAAAGCAAAAACCAUUAAACGUGUCGUCUUGACAUCAUCACCUGCGGCUGUGUCAAUCAACACAUUAAACAGGACGGAUCUGGUCAUGACCGAGAGAGACUGGACCGAUACCGAGUUCUUAUCAUCUGCAAAGCCACCAACUUGGGGGUACCCUGCAUCCAAGACGUUGGCUGAAAAGACAGCUUGGAGAUAUGCUGAAGAAAACAACAUCGAUCUCGUUACAGUUAUCCCUUCUCUCAUGACUGGUCCUUCUCUUACCCCAGAUGUGCCCAGCAGCAUCGAACUUGCAACAGCUUUGAUUUCAGGCAAUGACUUCCUCGUAAAUGCUUUGAAAGCUAUGCAGAUGUUGUCAGGCUCGAUCUCCAUCACGCAUGUGGAAGACGUAUGUCGAGCGCAUGUUUUUCUGGCCGAACAAGAAUCUGCAUCGGGUCGAUAUAUAUGUUGUGCUGUCAAUUCCAGUGUGCCGGAACUCGCUAAGUUCCUCCACAAAAGAAACCCGGAGUUCCAAGUCCCUACCGAUUUUGGAGAUUGCCCCUCCAAAGCCAAGUUGAUCAUUUCCUCAGAGAAGCUUAUCAAUGAAGGGUUCAGCUUUAAGUUUGGGAUUGAGGAAAUCUUCGACCAAACCGUGGAAUAUUUGAAGGACAAGGGGCUGCUCAAGUGAAGAGUUCUGACGCGAAUCUUCCCUAAUGAUUGUGGUGUUUGGUAGCUCAAGGUCUAUGCUGUGUGUUUUCUGAUGAAUUGAGAAUAACUUCGUGUUCCACAAAUUAAGUUAAAAUCGUAUGACCAAUGUCAACUAUUUUUAUCAUGAUUGUCA